GAAGUCAGAGCUCAUUGACGGGAUGGCCCAUACGAUCUCUUUCCUCGUUCUGUUGUCGCUGGUCUCUUUGGGAAUCGGACAAUCAAAUCCAUCGGUGAUCAGCGUUACUAACGGAAGCCCAUGGGGUAACUGGGGCAGAGUCGAAUGGUGCCCAGAGGGCUACGUGGCCAAAGGAUUCUCGAUCAAGGCGGAAAGAAUACAGGGGAGGGGAGAUGAUACGGCCGUGAAUGGGUUUCGACUGCACUGUGUCCCGCGCUACAAAACUAGCCCUGAGCGCACAAUUACAUCUACAGUAGGACCGUGGGGCGACUGGACCUCGACUUUCUGGUGUGAAUCCAAUUACCUCAUCUCUUUCUCCUUGAGAGUGGAGGAAAUACAAGGACGUGGGGAUGACACUGCCGUCAACAACAUCAUGUUCAGGUGCUCUGACAAUCGGAUACUGGAAGGAACUGGACUCCCGUGGGGAUCAUACGGACCAUGGAGCCAGUCUUGCCAACAUGGAAUAUGUGGUAUUUUGACCAAGGUCGAAGGUAAACAAGGUGAUGGAGAUGACACGGCCCUCAACGAUAUUCAAUGCUUCUGCUGCUUCAAUGUAAAUGGAAACAAUUAAUAAUUAUUGUAAUUAUUGUACCAUGCUACAUCAUAAAUAAAGACCACCAAUGGCAAAAAUAA